GAAAAGAAUCCAUCCGGGUCACUUGGUGUUGUUCCAAUCGGUUUGCACGAUCGGUUGUGAACCAUCUUGUGCUUCUCGUCCGUACAAGCCAUGUCCGUACGAUCAUCCUUGAGGCCGUCCGUACCAUUUCAAGAUUACUCGGCCCAUUGGGAUCUCCAGCCUUCCUAGGCCUAUCCAAAGCUUCACCAAGGUUCUAGAAGACUCUCGACCCUUCCAAGAGAGCCGUUACACUCGCCAAGAGAGGAAAAGGACAAGGAGCGCUCUCACCUCCUUUAUGACGCGUUUUCCCUUGCUUUUGACCGUUGUACAUUGUGGAUAUCCAAGAGGAUAUUCCUUUUGCUUUGUCCUUAAAAGGAACCUUUGUAUUGAUCCAUUUUUAGUAAGAAAGAGAAAUAAUCUUUCCAAUCUCUCAAAUCUCUCAAAUCUCUUUACUCUCUUUAGCUUACAUUUUUCCGAUUAAAGUUCUCAUCUUUUCCGAUCAUCUUAAGGUCCCAUCGAAACCUAAAAGCUCCAUAAUCUAACAUGGUAUCAGAGCCAUAAGCUCCAUAUCCUUCAUUCAACCCACCUCAUUUACUUCCGCACCAAAUCUCUCUCUUUUCUUUGAUUUUGUUCGAUGAGUUCAUUCUAUGAUGAGAUGAGUUCUUUACACUCGAAAAUCAUUCCGGUUAUCCUCAAGGGAGGAAACUACUUGCUGUGGUCACGAACCACAAGAUCUGCCUUGUGUAGUCGGGGACUUUGGAACCAUAUCUUGAACGAAGAGGCGCCAAAGGAGACGACCACAAGAGAUGGACAAGAAAUCGUUCUUGUUGAUGAGGGGAAAUGGUUCCAAGAAGAUCAAUCGGUCUUGGUCCUCCUCCGAAACUCGCUUGAGUCCUCAAUACUCGAAGCUUACUCCUAUUGUGAAACUCCUAAAGAGCUUUGGGAUACUCUCUUUAAUGUGUUUGGAAUCUCUCCAACUUGAGCCGGGUGUUCGAAGUGAAGAAGGCCAUCAACGAUCUCUCUCAAGGAGACAUGGAGUUCACUCAACAUUUCGGCAAGUUUAGGUCUCUUUGGGCGGAGCUCGAGAUGCUAAGGCCUAACACCAUUGAUCCGGCGAUCCUCAACGAAAGGCGUGAACAAGACAAGGUCUUUGGUCUCCUUCUCACCUUGAACUCCACCUACAACGAUCUCAUCAAGCACUUACUCCGAGCCGAGAAGCUACCUAACCUAGAAGAAGUGUGCUCUCAAAUCCAAAAGGAGCAAGGAUCUCUUGGUCUCUUCGGAAACAAAGGAGAGCUUGCUACAGCCAACAAAGGAGAGCUCACCACCGCCAACAAGGGAAGCUACAAGUCCGAGAACAAGAGAGGCCUAACUUGUGACCAUUGCAAAAAGACGGGUCAUACCAAGGAGAAGUGUUGGAUCCUCCAUCCCCAUCUCCGACCAAGUAAAUGGAAGGAUCCUAAAGCUCAUCAAGCGAACUGGAGCCAAGAGACUCAAGACACCUCCGGACCCGGACCCUCAACUCAAGCGAAUGGUGUUGGAGUGGCAAUGACGGCGUCUUCGGAGUAUGUGAAGAAAUCUGAUCUCGAUGCUCUCAUUAAGGCUCUUAAGGAGUCAUCCGGAUAUUGAAUCAAGUAGGGUGCUUGGUCAAGGAGUUACAAAGGAUGGUCUUUAUGUUCUAGAAGACACAAAGCUAUCCGAACCUUUAUCUUCUCAUUUUAGUUCAAGUAUUGUUGUUGCGAAUAGUGCUAUUUGGCAUGCUAGACUAGGUCAUCCACAUCCUCGGGCUUUAAGUUUAAUGCUACCAAAAGUUUCUUUUCAAAGUCUUGAUUGUGAAGCUUGUAUUCUUGGUAAACAUUGCAAAGCUAUUUUUCCUAAGUCGUCUACUAUUUAUGAAAGUUGCUUUGAUUUAAUUCAUUCGGAUGUGUGGACUUCACCUUGUUUAUCAAGAGAAAACCAAAAAUAUUUUGUCACA